GGGUGGCAGAAUCAGCAGCAAUUGGAGCAGCAAUUCAUGGUGAAUAUGCCAUCGACAUGUUCAUCUAAGCUGCUGUUCAGUUGUCAGAAGUAAGUAAGAAUAAGAAGAAGUAAGAAGAAGAAAGAAUAAGCUGGUUGCUGCUGGUGCUGCAGCAACGCAUCGUUUCCAAAGGUGAUGACGACAAAGCCACUGCGAAGAAGAAGGCCGAAGAAGUAAGGAAGGAAGGUAGCAGCCGCUGAAGCAGCAGCCAAAAAGGAGGAGGAGGGUGCAGGAGCAGCAUUCCUACCUACAUACAGGGUUGUUGUUGUUGUUGAUGUGGGUUCGUGGGUAUCGGCACUGCCGGUAAAGCCCGUGUUUGCUUCAGCUUCGCGUGACUACGACUGCUGCUGAUGACGUAUGAUCCAGUGUGAGUGUGUUUGUGGGUUGUCUUCAUUCAACGAAUGGGCUUCUACUUCUUCUUCUUCUUCUUCUUCUGCUUCUGUUGCUGUUAUUGAAGGAGCUUGGCCCCAGGAGGCUUGUCAGUGCGAGGUGGGUGGGGUCGGGUGUAAGAGGAGAGGGCCAAGGGGGAAGUGGGGAAAUGAGACGAUUAUCAGGGUUGUAGGUCGUGACGUGAUUCGCGUGAAAGCGAUUUCUGGGCUCCAUCGCCGUUGUAUGGUUUUGCAGGCGAGGUUAGGCGGAGGAAAGAUGAAAGAUUUAAAUAUGGGAUUGGAGAGUCGAGGGGACCUGAUGAGGAAGCUGGAUGAUGAUACCGCUAUGCACUUACUCCAGUAUUUGGACACGACGAAGGAUAUUGCCAGCGCUAGCAGCGUCUGCCGUUCUUGGCGUUCGUUUGUACGAGAAGGUCAGCUGUGGAAAGGACUAUGUUUGAAGGAGUUUCCUGAAGUGAGGACAUUCGAGGAAGACAUCGAGGAAGAUCAAUCGAAGGAUCUGCCUCCAGCUGGCUCUUGUGGUUCAUCUGUUAAGCCAAAUCUGGAGAGGAAAGAGCGCAUCUAUCGAGAUCUCUUUCGAGAACUUAGAAAUAAACCAAUGGAUAAUAAAAGUUGUAUUCGUGAGGCUGUUAGUGCUUCUAGUACAGACAAUUACCCCGAGGAGAGUAUUGUUCAGACCUUACAUCCUAGGCCUCGGUACCAUGAUGAGCAAACGCCAUCUUAUUGGUCGAGUACCGGUCAGCGAGAUGUCAAUCACCCUGAAACCCUUACCUACAAUCUGGUGUCACAGCUAUGUGUGGUCCAUGAAGUACGUAUUCGGCCUUUUAAAGCGUUUUUCCAAUUCGGGCAGCCCAUAUACUCAGCGAAGAACGUGCGGAUUCGUCUUGGCCAUGUAGUCAAGUCAGCUAAGACUGACUGUGAUUCUGGAAGUACAAAAGAUUAUGUGUGGACUUAUGAAUCUCCAAUAUUCAACAUGGAACAGGUGGACUCUAUGCAAGUAUUCAAGUUGCCACGACCUGUCCUGUGUGUUGGAGGUAUUCUUCAAGUGGAGCUUUUGGGUCGUGUACAGACCCAAGAGAUGGAUCAGCUUUAUUACAUUUGCAUAUGUCAUGUGAGUGUGGUGGGAUGGCCACUUUCUGAUUUUAGAGCUCGUCUCACCGGAGAGCCGCCUAAAUUUUGUCUAGAGUACCGAGGAAGAUACAAGGAGAGCCAGACUGGCGUUCAUGGAGUCAAGCAAAAUCUUGUGCGUGGAGAGACUGCCCCGGAAAUUUGGAUGUCGUUCGCGAUUAGCCGAGUACUACGUCGGAACCGGAUAUUUCUGAAUUCAUUAUAACACUUACUAGCUAUUUCCUGGCUCAGAAAGAUCCCAAGGUCUCGUUCAGUGAUGAAGAAAUUGAAGCAGUUGUUGACGAGGAGGCAGAUGCGACUUGUUUGUAGUGGAAGUCUGGUUUGUGUAGGUGUUCACAGCCUACAUGACUAGAGUUUGGUUUGAUUAUCCCAUUACGCUAGGAAGUCAUCAUGCUAUUCUUUUCCUCAGAUUAGUGGAUGUCUAGCAUGAGCGCUAUCUUCUCUGGUGUCGGUCAAAAUUCCUUGGUGCCACCUCAAGAGUUUUGUUGGUGCACUAUGUUAAGUCAGUGACAUGGGAGCUGUUACACUCUUUCCUGUGAAUUUAGCCUCAAAUGGUAGAAAGGAAUGUAUAAACGUGGAGUUUUGUGCACAGAAAAAGUUGUAGAUCGUAUAUUUGCCUUUGCUUCCUCGACAGUAAUUGUAAACUAAAUUCGAUUCUUUUUAUUACGUAGUUUUUUUA